AUGCCAAGCCAAAAUGAUCGGAACUUCCUCAAUCGCCUGGCAAAUAUAUCAAUCCAAAAUCUUCAGCAUUGUCAAUCAGCUUCGACAUCUGGAGGCAAUAUGGCGGAUACUGUAACUGUUGACAAAGUGUAUUUCGAGACUCUGCUUCGGCGAGCAGAAUUACAUACAUAUGAUAGAGAUCUGACCGCUCCCGUCGGCAUCCCAAUAGUCAGCAUACCCAAAGUCGACCAUGACAAAUUACUUCGUAUGGUACAAGAAUACACAAGUCUUAAAGAUGCACUGUGCAAGGGAGGUAUUGAACCGGAAACUCUCGAGGUUCUCAUCCGUGGCGAAACUGUCCCAAUAUCUCAAUUCGACACCCUCAUCGACGAUGACGACCAACCAGCGUCUGGAUGCGCGGACCCUUACGAUCGCCUCCAAAGGACUCGGAUUGCCAUGAGCCAUCCUUCUGGCCACUCAUGGGCUGAUUCUGCGCCUGAAUGGCCUCCAAAGAACUCGGCUGGCGGCUCUAGGGUUAAUCUGAAAGGGAAAGGAGGCUUCUACAAUCAUCACAAUAGCUCUGCGCUGGAGGUUGAAAGUGCUUUCACACCCGAUUUCGAGAAGGAUGAUCCAUAUCUUGCCGCACCGCAGCCGGAGAGAAAGCGAUUCGCCAAGAUGGAACAGCGCACAAUAUUUGCUAAGAAUCUCUCGGUCCGUGCAACGCACAAGGAUAUCGCCAAUCUCGUACGCGGAGGGCUUAUUCUGGAUAUAUACUUACGCUCCCACGAGCGCACCGCUAGCAUCUCAUUCGUCGAAGGAUCCGCAGCCCAGGAGUUCAUGAAUUAUGUCAAGCGCAAUGACAUAUAUGUACAUGGGAAGAGGCUCGCAUUCUCGUGGAGCGAACGUCAAUAUAAGCUUCCCCCACAUGUUGCAAACAAGAUAGGCAUUGGAGCCACUCGAAACGUUGUCAUACGUGGCAUCCACGGAAAUAUCACCGAGGAGCUUAUUAGGGAUCAUUUGGACCAUAUCCACAACAUCGUGGUUAUCAGUGUUUCUUUCAAGGACGGUGACGCCUACAUCUCUCUUAACUCUAUCAACAACUCGCUCUUUAGUCGGACAUGUAUGAUGUCUCGAGCGACAUACAAGGGCAUGAGGAUUGAAUGGUAUCCUGAUGAGUGCUCUCAACCUCUGCCGAAAAUGCAGUACGCUCCGAAGACAGAUAAUCUAGCACAACCACAGCCUAAGAAUUUCACUUCUGCCAUGAACCGUUUCCAGAUGCUCAACAUGGAUAAUGAUGGGACCGAGGUUGACUCGGAGGAGACAGAUGAGGAGCCCACAGUGCUUUCGGAUCUCUCGUCUAUGAACAUCAACAGCCAUCGAUCGCCAUGGAACUCUCAAACGGUUGCCGCUUGA